AUGGGGAAACCUUUUAUUGUUCUUGUUAUUUGUAAUUUGAUGGUUGUAUUGUGGGUGUCAUGGAGUUUGAUAAACGAUGGAGAUGUCAUAAAACGCAUGAUAGCCUUUUCUAGCAGUCAUCCAGUUAUUCGAUUACUCCCGCCCACGAGUUUCAUGGAUCCACCGCUUCCCCAAGGCCAUCCCUGCCUCAGAUUCCAAAGUCCCUGUUGGUUUGGGCAGUGUCAGGUCUGCUAUCUUCCAGUAGACCAAGCACUGAAAGCACUGCCCCCGCAAGGGAUCUUCCCAGAACUUAUUCUCUCGAAGCUUGCUUAUCUCCACCGUGCAGACUCACGAAACUCCACACCAUUUGGCGGAAGUUUCAGCCUUGAAGAGCGAGAGAGAUCCUUCAAGAUCCAAGAGUCGAUGGAAGUUCCGUGUGGAUUCACCAGGGCCGGAGUGGAGCCAGGGAGAGAGGGCUCCGGAUUCGAGAUCCAGGACGAGGCAGACAUGGAUUACCUCCGAGAAUGCAGGGGAAUCGUGGUGGCGUCCGCAAUCUUUGGCAACUAUGACGUGCUCAAGCAGCCCAAAAAGCUGAGCAGCACCAGCGCCAGGACGGUUUGCUUCGCGAUGUUCGUCGACGUCGAAACGCUGGAAUCUUUCCGGAUCGAAGGAGCUCAAGCUGGGGCGUGGCGGACCAUCCUCGUACGAAGCAACGCAUAUGAGGGAGACAACCGAUACAAGGGCAAGAUUCCAAAGAUGCUACUGCACAGGCUUGUCCCAAACGCGCGCUUCUCCAUCUGGAUCGACGCCAAGCUCCAGAUGGUGGUGGAUCCCAUCCAGAUCCUCGAGAGAUUCCUGUGGAGGAGCAACGACACCAUGGCCAUCUCCAACCAUUUCGAGCGCGCGGACGCGUUCCAGGAGGCCGAGGCCAUCAUCCGGGAGCGGAGGUACCACAGCAAGGCCAAGCUCGAUGCCCAGAUGGACUUCUACCGUACGCACGAGGGGCUCCUUCCGUAUGAUCGCGCCGCCAGGAUGCCGCUGGUGAGCGACGUCCCCGAGAGCUGCGUUGUGCUGAGGGAGCACACGCCGCUCACCAAUCUCUUCUCGUGCCUCUGGUUCAACGAGCUGGACAGGUUCACGCCGCGCGAUCAGGUGAGCUUCGCGGUGGUGCGUGACAAGAUCAUCGCGCAAGUUCCGUGGCGGAUCAACAUGUUUGAGGAUUGUGAGAGGCGGAACUUUGUGUGGACGAUGCGGCACAAACGAGAGGAUUGA